AUGGCAUCAAUGGCCGGGGGGCAAAGCAAAAUAGACCCUGCGCUGAAAGCACAGUUCCGAUCCGCCUCCGCCUACCUUCCAAGCAUCGUCGGCAAACUUGAACGAAGUGAUCUCACACAAUUUUAUGGACUCUAUUAUAAGCCAAGCGACUGCUGGUACGUAACGAAGAUGGUAAGCAUGAAUUUGGGCUGGGAUCCAUCAUCACAGAACUCCUCGCAAGGUUUCGGCAUCCGACCAAGCCGGCCAGCUGUCAUAAGUGAGUCGUCGGACACCGGUUCAUUGUCUGUCAGUGAUCGUGAAGCGUUGUUAUGGUUCACAGCAGCUAAGGCUGAUGACGAAACUACGAUGAUGGAUAUUUUCAAUAGAAGGCCGGAGCUACUCAAUAGUACCGAUCAGCAUCUCGGUAUGACUGCCCUACACUGGGCGAUUGAUUCUGGUUGUGACCGAGUGGUGCAAUUUUUGAUCUCAAAGGGAGUCGACGUUAAUGCGGUGGAUCCGGAAGGGAAUACGCCUCUGCAUUUUGCGGCGUAUUGUCAUCGUCAAGCCGCAGCUGAACUUCUAAUAUCCAAGGGAGCUGAUCGAAUGGUGCGCAACAGUGAUGGCCAGACGGCUGCUGAAGCAUGUGAUGAGCCAACACUGCAAGCAAUACUGAUGCCACCGUUGUUAUGA